AUGACGCCCGGCGUUUCCAGGAGACUGGACCCCAAAGACCCCCUGGGUAGCCAGCGAGCAGCUUCCCCAACCCCGAAGCAGGCUUCCUCGACUGCUCCGGGCCGGGAGAGCCCCCGGGAAACGAGGGCCCAGGGCCCAGCAGGCCAGGAGGCAGAUGGCCCCCGCAGGAUGCUGCAGGUGGACAGCAGGACGCAGAGAGCAGGGCGGUCCCCUUCGGUGUCACCGGACAGAGGCAGCACCCCCACAUCACCCUAUUCCGUCCCCCAGAUUGCCCCCCUGCCCAGCAGCACUCUGUGCCCCAUAUGCAAGACCUCGGACCUCAAGUCAACGCCCAGCCAGCCAAACUUCAACACCUGCACCCAGUGUCACCACAAGGUCUGCAACCAGUGUGGGUUCAACCCCAAUCCUCACCUCACCCAGGUGAAGGAGUGGCUCUGCCUGAACUGCCAGAUGCAGCGGGCUCUGGGGAUGGACAUGACCACCGCACCCCGCUCCAGGAGCCAGCAGCAGCUUCACUCCCCGGCUCUGUCGCCGGCCCACUCCCCAGCCAGGCAGCCCCUGGGGAAGGGGGAGCCAGAGCGAGCCCAGGGCCAAGGAGGACCACAGCCCAGCCCCCACAAGGCUGAGCCAGCCAGGACAAGCUCAGCGCCACCAGGGCCUGCCCAAGCAGCUGUCCCUCUGGAGGUGGGCAGGGUGUCUCCUCAGCCCUCUCUCCCCACCAAGCCUUCCACAGCUGAGCCCAGGCCACCCACAGGAGAGGCCCUGGCGAAAAGUGCCACCGCACUGCCCUCCGGGGCUGGUGCUGCUGAGCAGACACAGGAGGGUCUCACCGGGAAGCUCUUUGGCCUGGGGGCGUCGUUGCUGACCCAGGCGAGCACCCUCAUGUCCGUGCAGCCUGAGGCUGACUCCCAGGGCCAGCCCUCCCCCAGCAAGGGGCAACCCAAACUCGUCUUCAGUGAUGCCAGCAAGGAGGCCGGCUCCAGAGCUCCGGGCUCCGGGCCCGGGGUGGGGCCAGCACCUGGAGCCAAAACAGAGCCUGGGACCCGAGCAGGCCCUGGAUCUGGGCCUGGAGCUCUGGCAAGAACUGGGGGGACAACCAGUCCGAAGCAUGGCAGAGCAGAACACCAGGCAGCGUCCAAGGCUGCUGCCAAGCCAAAGGCCGUGCUGAAGGAGAGGGCCACCUGCCCACUGUGCCAAGCUGAGCUCAACGUGGGCAGCAAGGGCCCAGCCAACUACAACACCUGUACCACCUGCAAGCUCCAGGUGUGCAACCUGUGUGGCUUCAACCCAACACCCCACCUGGUGGAGAAAACCGAGUGGCUCUGUCUGAACUGCCAAACGAAACGACUGCUGGAGGGCAGCCUGGGAGAGCCCACCCCACCGCAGCUCCCCGUAGGGGCCCCUCAACGUGCAGCUGGGACCACUCCUGUGAAACAGAAAGGGCCACCAGGGCUGGGCCAGCCAUCAGGCCCCCAGCCCACCAAGGCCAGCCCCCUGCCUGCCAAGGCCAGCCCCCUGCACGCCAAGGCCAGCCCCCAGCCUGCCAAGGCCAGCCCACAGUCCACCAAGGCCAGCUCCCUGCCCGCCAAGGCCAGCCCCCAGCCCACCAAGGCCAGCCCCCAGGCAAAGCCAUUCAAGGGUUCUGAGCCCAGCAGGACCCCGGGCACUGCCCAGGAGAAGAAGGCAGGAAUCCCAGCUAAAGCCGACACUGGGCCGAAGCCACCUGCAGAGACAGCCCCGCCCCCUGGGACUGCAAAAGCAAAGAGUGGGGCCCAGAGGACUGAGCCUGCCGCCCCUGUCAGCAAGGCUGUACCGGAAGCCCCCAAGGGCGGGGAGCCAGAGGAGCUGGUGGGCAAGCCUUACUCCCAGGACCUGUCUCGGAGCCCACAGAGCCUCAGUGACACUGGCUACUCCUCCGACGGCAUCUCCAGCUCCCAGAGCGAGAUCACAGGCACCGUCCAGCAGGAGGUGGAGCAGCUAGACAGUGCGGGGGUGACGGAGCCACGCCCGCCCAGCCCCUCGGAGCUCCACAAAGUGGGGAGCGGCAUGCGGCCCUCACUGGAGGCCCAGGGCCGGGCCCCCAGCGGCAAGCAGGGCAGGCCGCUCGGCCACAGCGGCCGAAGCAGCAGUCUGGAGGAGCAGAAGCUGCGGCCCCACUCCCUGUCCAUCAUGCCAGAGGCUUUUGACUCCGAUGAGGAGCUAGAGGACAUUCUGGAGGAAGAGGGGGUUUCCCUCGAAUGGGGAGGCCAGAGGGAGCGGCGGGACACGGCCGAGUCCUCAGACGACUUUGGCAGCCAGCUCCGGCACGACUACGUGGAGGACAGUAGCGAGGGUGGCCUGUCCCCACUCCCCCCGCAGGCUCCAGCCCGGGCAGCAGCGCUGACGGACGAGGAGUUCAUGCGGCGGCAGAUCCUGGAGAUGAGUGCCGAGGAGGACAACCUGGAGGACGAGGAGGCAGUCGCCUCAGGGCCUGGCCUGGCUAAACACAGCGCCCAGAGGGGAGGCAGGCCCAGGGUGGAGCCCAGCCAGGAGCCGGCGAUGACCAAGAGGCGCCUGCCCCACAAUGCCACCACAGGCUACGAAGAGCUGCUCUCCGAGGGAGGCCCGGCGGCUGAAGAGGCUGCCACCGACAGCAGUGGGGCCCUGCAGGGGGGGCUCCGCCGGUUCAAGACCAUUGAGCUCAACAGCACGGGCAGCUACGGUCACGAGCUGGACCUGGGCCAGGGCCCAGACCCCAGCCUGGACCGGGAGCCAGAGCUGGAGAUGGAGAGCCUGACCGGCUCCCCAGAGGAUCGCUCCCGCGGGGAGCACUCCUCCACCCUGCCCGCCUCCACCCCCAGCUACACCUCUGGCACCUCGCCCACCUCCCUGUCCUCACUGGAGGAGGACAGCGACAGCAGCCCCAGCCGCAGGCAGCGGCUGGAGGAGGCGAAGCAGCAGCGCAAGGCCCGGCACCGCUCUCACGGGCCCCUGCUGCCCACCAUCGAGGACUCGUCAGAGGAGGAGGAGCUGCGGGAGGAGGAGGAGCUGCUGCGGGAGCAGGAGAAGAUGCGCGAGGUGGAGCAGCAGCGCAUCCGCAGCACCGCACGCAAGACCCGGCGGGACAAGGAAGAGCUGCGGGCCCAGCGGCGUCGGGAGCGCUCCAAGACACCGCCCAGCAACCUGUCCCCCAUCGAGGACGCCUCCCCGACAGAGGAGCUGCGGCAGGCGGCGGAGAUGGAGGAGCUGCACCGCUCCUCCUGCUCUGAGUACUCGCCCUCCCCCUCCCUCGACUCGGAGGCAGAGGCCCUGGAUGGCCACGGCCCCGCCCGGCUCUACAAGUCAGGCAGUGAGUACAACCUGCCCACUUGCAUGUCCCUCUACUCGCCCACGGAGAUGCCCGUGGGCGGCUCCUCCGCCUCCAGCGCCGGCCGGCCCCUCAAGAGCGCGGAGGAGGCCUACGAGGAGAUGAUGCGCAGGGCGGAGCUGCUCCAGCAGCAGCAGGGCCACGCAGCGGGGGGCCAUGCCCAGCCCCACGCCCCGCGUGGCCCCGGCCCCUUCGAAUACCAGGAACUCGCGGACCGUGACUACGGCCGGGCCCCCCAGCCUGCCUCGGAGGGCGCGUCCACCGUGUACGAGGAGAUCCUGCAGACGUCGCAGAGCAUCGCGCGGAUGCGCCAGGCCUCCUCGCGGGACCUGGCCUUCGCCGAGGACAAGAAGAAGGAGCGGCAGUUCCUGAACGCUGAGAGCGCGUACACGGAUCCCAUGAAGCAGAAUGGUGGCCCUCUGACCCCCGGGACCAGCCCGACCCAGCUCGCCGCCCCGAUGUCCUUCUCCAGCUCCACCUCCACCUCCUUGGACAGCAGUGGGAGCCGCAUCAUCCCAGAUGUCCGCGUCACCCAGCACUUUGCCAAGGAGCCCCAGGACCCCGUCAAACUGCACAGUUCUCCCGCCUCGCCCAGCUCAGCGUCCAAGGAGGUGGGCAUGCCCUUCCCGCAGGGCCCUGGGGCCGCGGCUCCGGGGCCCGCUGGCCUGCCUCGUGGAUAUGUGACUCCCGCCUCCACUGUGGGCUCGGAGCACAGCUAUGGACAGAGCCCCACCACUGCAAACUACGGGUCCCAAACAGAGGAGCCGCCUGUGGCUGCCAGCGGCAGUGGGCGGGCUGCCAGAGAGAAGCCCCUCCCAAGCGAUGGCCAGAGCAGCAUCUCCCAGGCUUCCAGAGGAUAUUCCUAUUUCGUGGGUUCCAGCCCACCCCUCUCCCCGUCCUCCCCCUCAGAGAGCCGCGCCUUCUCCCCUGGCAAGCUGGGCCCAAGGGCCACUGCAGAGUUUUCUACACAGACACCAAGCCCCACCCCCGCCUCAGAUGCUCCCCGGAGCCCCAGUGGCUCCACUCCGGCCCCCAUGGUGGCCCAGGGCACACAGACCCCGCACCGGCCCGGUGCCCCUCGCCAGGCCUGGCAACCACCCCCUCCGGAGUCUCCCUUUCUGGUCAUCACACUGGCAUCUGAUGCCUCUAGCCAGCCCAGAAUGGUCCAUGCCAGCGCCUCCACCUCUCCAGUGUGCUCGCCCACUGGCUCCCAGCCUACUGCCCACAGCUACAGCCAGACAACGCCUCCAAGUGCGUCCCAGCUGCCCCCAGAGCCCCCGGGGGCCCCCGGUCUCCCUCGGGCACCCAACGCUGGGGCCGAUGGGCCCCUGGCUCUGUAUGGCUGGGGUGCCCUGCCUGCUGAGAACAUCUCCCUGUGUCGGAUCUCCUCUGUCCCCGGGACGUCCAGGGUGGAGCCAGGCCCCAGGCCCCCUGGCAGUGCCGUGGUAGACCUUCGCACGGCUGUCAAACCCACGCCCAUCAUCCUGACUGACCAGGGCAUGGACCUGACCUCUCUUGCUGUGGAAGCGAGGAAGUAUGGCCUUGCCCUUGACCCGCUCCCAGGUAGGCAGUCGACGGCUGUGCAGCCCUUGGUUAUCAACCUCAAUGCCCAGGAGCAGACCCACGCCUUCCUCAGCACGGCCACCACCGUGAGCAUCACCAUGGCCUCAUCAGUGCUCAUGGCUCAGCCAAAGCAGCCUGCCGUCUAUGGGGACCCUUUCCAGAACCGAAUGGACUUUGGCCAGGGGGCAGGUAGCCCCGUGUGCCUGGCCCAGGUCAAGCAGGUAGAGCAGGCUGUCCAGACCGCCCCAUAUCGAGGGGGGCCUCGGGGAAGACCCAGGGAGGCAAAGUUUGCCAGGUAUAACCUGCCCAACCAGGUAGCCCCUCUGGCCAGAAGGGAUGUUUUGAUGACCCCAAUGGGCACUGCCCAGGGUGUUGGCCUCAAGGCAGGCCCAGUGCCGGAACCUGGGGCAGAGCCCCACCAGGCCACGCCUGCAGAGCUCCGGCCCCACCCUCUGCCAGCUGCCAGGAAGCCCCACACCGUGGUGGUGCAGAUGGGAGAGGGCACUGCUGGAACCGUGACCGCGCUGCUCCCGGAGGAGCCAGCGAGCGCGCUGGACCUCACCGGGAUGCGGCCCGAGAGCCAGCUGGCUUGCUGCGACAUGGUCUACAAGCUCCCUUUCGGCAGCAGCUGCACCGGGACCUUCCAUUCUGCCCCUAGUGUGCCUGAGAAGAAUGUGGCAGAGGCUGCCCCGCCUGGCCAAGGCAGCAGCCCCUUCUAUAGCCCCCGGGACCCCGAGCCCCCAGAGCCCCCCACCUACCGGGCACAGGGAGUCAUGGGGCCUAGGCCCCACGAGGAGCAGAGGCCCUACCCACAGGCCCUGCCUGGCAGGCUGUACUCCUCCAUGUCUGACACCAAUCUGGCCGAGGCUGGCCUCAACUUCCACGCCCACCGGCUUGGGCAGCUCUUGCAGGGCCCCAGCAGAGACUCGGCCAUGGACCUCAGCUCCCUGAAGCACUCCUACAGCCUGGGCUUCGCCGACGGCCGCUUCCUCGGGCAGGGCCUGCAGUAUGGGUCCUUCACAGACCUGCGGCACCCCACAGACCUUCUGAGUCACCCACUGCCCAUGCGGCGCUACAGCUCCGUGUCGAACAUCUACUCAGACCACAGGUACGGCCCGCGGGCAGACACAGCCGGCUUCCAGGAGGCCAGCCUGGCCCAGUACAGCGCCACCACGGCCCGGGAGAUCAGCCGCAUGUGCGCUGCCCUCAACUCCAUGGACCAGUAUGGCGGGCGGCACGGCGGCGGCAGUGGGGGGCCUGACCUCAUGCAAUACCCGCCCCAGCCGGGGCCCGGGCUCAGCGCCCCUCUCAGGCCUGACCUCCUAGGGAACCCCACUUUCCCAGAGGGCCACCCAAGUCCUGGGAACCUGGCCCAGUAUGGGGCCGCAGCUGGCCAGGGUGCAGCCAUCAGGCAGCUGCUGCCAUCUACAGCCACUGUGCGUGCGGCCGACGGCAUGAUCUACUCAACCAUCAACACCCCAAUUGCCGCAACACUGCCCAUCACCACGCAGCCUGCAUCGGUGCUGCGGCCCAUGGUGCGCGGCAGCAUGUACAGACCGUAUGCGGCCGGGGGUGUGGCAGCCGUGCCACUCAACAGCCUGGCACGCAUGCCCGUGAUCGCCCCCCGGGUACCUCUUGGACCCGCAGGGCUGUACCGGUAUCCAGCACCAAGCAGAUUCCCGGCGGCUUCCGCCAUCCCGCCUGCUGAGGGCCCUGUCUAUCUGGGGAAGCCUGCCGCUGCCAAGGCCCCGAGGGCUGGGGGCCCACCAAGGCCAGAGUUGCCUGCAGGGGCUGCCCGAAAAGAGGUACUUGCCACAGCCACCCCUGCGGCCAUCAAGGAGGCUGCGGCAGCCCCAGUCCCACUCCCCAUGACCGCCCACAAGCCCCCAGGAGAUGCUGCCACUGGGCCUGGCAGUGGGGCCCGGGCAGGGCAUGAGAAGGAGGAAGCCUUGCAGGAGGAAAAGCAGCGGAAGCAGCAGGAGCAGUUGCUACAACUGGAGCGGGAGCGGGUGGAACUGGAGAAGCUGCGACAGCUGCGGCUGCAGGAGGAGCUGGAGCGGGAGCGUGUGGAGCUGCAAAGGCAUCGCGAAGAGGAGCAGCUGCUGGUGCAGCGGGAGCUGCAGGAGCUGCAGACCAUCAAGCACCACGUGCUGCAGCAGCAGCAGGAGGAGCGGCAGGCUCAGUUUGCACUGCAGCGGGAGCAGCUAGCCCAGCAGCGCCUGCAGCUGGAGCAGAUCCAGCAGCUGCAGCAGCAGCUGCAGCAGCAGCUAGAGGAGCAGAAGCAUCAUCGGCAGAAGGCGCCCUUCCCUGCGGUCUGCGAGGCACCUGCCCGGGGCAACGCCCCAGCUACAGCGGAGCUGGCCCAGAAUGGCCAGUACUGGCCCCCCCUGACUCACACGGCAUUCAUUGCUGUGGCAGGGCCGGACGGACCUGGGCAGCCCCGAGAACACGUGCUGCACCGCGGCCUCCCCAGCUCCGCCUCUGACAUGUCCCUGCAGACGGAAGAGCCGUGGGAGGCGAGCCGCAGUGGCAUCAAGAAGCGGCACUCCAUGCCGCGCCUGCGAGACGUCUGCGAGCAGGACCCAGCAUCGGCGGUGGCACCAGAGCCCAGCCCGGUCAAGAGGAUUGCGGACAGCAGCGUGCAGACGGACGACGAGGAAGGGGAGGGCCGCUACCUCCUGAGCCGGCGGCGGCGCACACGGCGGAGCGCCGACUGCAGCGUGCAGACCGACGAUGAGGACAACGCUGAGUGGGAGCAGCCAGUACGCCGCCGCCGGUCCCGUCUCUCCCGCCACUCAGACUCGGGCUCAGACAGCAAGCACGAUGCUGCCGCUAGCGCCACCGGCUCCUCAUCCACCUCCACCACCGCAGCCCGGGCCACGAGCAGUGUGGCCAUCCAGACCAUCAGCGACUGCUCUGUGCAGACUGAGCCUGACCAGCUGCCCCGGGUCUCUCCGGCCAUUCACAUCACUGCUGCCACGGACCCCAAGGUGGAGAUCAUCCGGUACAUCUCGGCUCCGGAGAAAACUGGCCGCGGGGAGAGCCUGGCCUGCCAGACAGAGCCUGACGCGCAGGCCCACGGGCCGCAGCUAGUAGGGCCAGCCACCAUUAGCCCGUACCUGCCCAGCAUCCAGCUUGUCACCCCGGGGCCCCUGGGCAGGUUUGACAAGAAGAAGCCAGAUCCUCUGGAGAUUGGGUACCAGGCUCACUUGCCCCUUGACUCCCUCUCACAACUGGUGAGCCGCCAGCCCCCUAAGUCCCCCCAGGUCCUCUACUCGCCAGUCUCACCCCUGUCCCCGCACCGGCUCCUGGACACCUCCUUUGUCUCCAGUGAGAGGCUGAACAAGGCCCACGUGAGCCCCCAGAAGCACUUCGCGGCCGACAGCGCUCUCCGCCAGCAGACGCUGCCUCGCCCCAUGAAGACCCUGCAGCGGUCCUUGUCUGACCCUAAGCCCCUCAGCCCCACCGCCGAGGAGUCUGCCAAAGAGAGGUUCUCCCUCUACCAGCACCAGGGGGGGCUGGGUAGCCAGGUGUCGGCGCUGCCACCCAACGGCCUGGUCCGCAAGGUGAAGCGGACACUGCCCAGCCCUCCUCCAGAGGAGGCUCACCUGCCCCUGGCCAGCCAAGCACCCCCUCAACUGUACGCGGCUAGCCUGGUGCAGCGUGGGCUGGCGGGGCCCACCGCCGUCCCCGCCAUUACGAAGGCGAGCCUGCUCCGGGAGCUGGACCGCGACCUGCGGCUGGUGGAGCACGAGUCCACCCAGCUGCGCAAGAAGCAGGCGGAGCUGGACGAGGAGGAGAAGGAGAUCGACGCCAAGCUCAAGUACCUGGAGCUGGGCAUCACGCAACGCAAAGAGUCUCUGGCCAAGGACCGGGGUGGCCGUGACUACCCUCCCCUCCGUGGCUUGGGCGAGCAUCGCGACUACCUGUCAGACAGCGAGCUCAACCAGCUGCGGCUCCAAGGCUGUGUGGCCACCCCCGCUGCCACCGGCCAGUACACGGCAGAUUUCCCCACCGCUGCGGCAGCCAUUCCCGCCACCCCCGCUGGCCCCACUGCAUACCACCAGCUGCGACUCCCACCUCCAGCAGCGCCAUACUCUGUGGGCACGGGCGGGCCAGCUCCAGAUGGGUUCCCGGCCCACCAGGCGCCCGCCUACGCAGGCCCCAGCACGUACCCAGCGCCUGCCUACCCUUCUGGCACCAACUACCCAACGGAGCCUGGGCUGCCAAGCCAGCGAGGUCUCCGGCCUACAGGCCACUACUCCGCCACAACGCCCAUGCCGGCCACCCAGAGCCCCCAUUUCCCAGGCCAGGCCGACAGCCGGGCCCUGCACCAGAAGCCACGCCAGACGUCGCUGGCAGACUUAGAGCAGAAGGUGCCCACCAACUACGAGGUGAUCCCCAGCCCUGCCUCAGCCAUGUCGGCGGCCCCCUCCGACACCAGCUACAGUGGCCUAGCGGUGAGCAACAGCUAUGAGCAGGCCCAGGUCUCUGACCUUUCCCGGGCCAGCGAGCGGAGCAGCCUGGGCCAAAGCCCAGCCCCCAGCUACCCGUCCGACUCACCCUACACCAGCCUGGAGCAAAGCGUGCCGCGGAACUACGUGAUGAUCGAGGACAUCAGCGAGCUGACCAAGGACAGCUCCACCGGCCAGGACAGCCAGCGCCUGGAGCCGCUGGGGCCCAGCGUCAGUGGACGCCCGGGGAAGGAGCCUGGGGAGCCGGGCAGCCACGAGGGCCCUGCACCGCCCUGCUGCUACGGCAGAGGGGAGGAGGAGUCUGAGGAAGAUGCCUAUGACCCCCGUGGGAAGGGCAGCCACCACCGCGGCAUGGAGAGCAACAGCCGGCCGGCCGGCCCCCACUACUACAGCGACGGUGACUACAGGCACGGCGCUCGAGCAGAGAAGUACGGCGCGGGCCCCGUGGGGCCCAAGCAUCCGUCCAAGUGCAUGGCCCCGGCGGCCGUCUCCUCCAAGCGCAGCAAGCACCGGAAGCAGGGCAUGGAGCAAAAGAUCUCCAAGUUCUCCCCCAUCGAAGAGGCCAAGGACGUGGAGUCGGACCUGGCUUCCUACCCAGCCGCUGCGGCCAGCAGCAGCCUGAGCUCCCGGAGCAGGAAGUUCCAAGACGAAGUCACCUACGGGCUCAAGAAGAACGUGUAUGAGCAGCAGCGGUACUAUGGGGUGUCCAGCCGGGACUCGGCGGAGGAGGACGACCGUGUCUACGGCACCAGCCGGCCCCGAGCGGCCUCCUCGUAUAGCGGCGAGAAGCUGUCGGGCCAUGACUUUGGGGGCCGGGGCAAGGGGUAUGAGCGCGAGCGCGAGCCCGUGGAGCGGUUUCAGAAAGCGGGCCCCAAGCCCUCGUCCCUGGGCAUGGCCCACGGCCGAGCCCGGCCCCCCAUGCGGAGUCAGGCUUCCGAGGAGGAGAGCCCUGUCAGCCCCUUGGGGCGGCCGCGCCCCGCCGGGGGCACCCUGCCUCCUGGAGAGGCCUGCCCGCCCUUCUGCUCCAGCCACUCCAUGCCGGACGUCCAGGAGCACGCCAAGGACGGGCCGCGAGCCCGCCCCUACGAGCGCGAGGAGGGCUACGUCUUGGACGACGCCCACUGCGUGGUUUCCGACAGCGAAGGCGUGAAGACCGGAGCCAAGCCCAGUGGGCCCCCAGGGGCUCCUGCUGGCCAGCCAGGUGCCGAAGGGGACAGCGUGUUCUCCAAGAUCCUCCCUGGGGGGGCAGCUGAGCAAGCCGGCAAGCUGACGGAAGAUGGCCCUGAGUAG